AUGUGCAAAUCCGUUGGAACAUACACUAUCUGCGGUUGUUUGUUCUUGUACUAUACUGGGAAUCUUCUCCAUACACACGGUUCCUACAAUUGGAAAAUUGGCCAACAUGGGAUUGGUUUUGGUGCUGAUCUUGAAGCCAAGGACGAGAAUGGUGAUACUCCUCUGUUCGUCGCAUGCGGAUCUACUGAUCUGAGGGUCGCUCAACUACUGUUGGAUUAUGGUGCUGAUGUGGAAGCACCAGGAGGAGAGGGACACUUUACUCUGUUGCAUGUGGCAAUCUGGGGUUGCUCGUUGGAAAUCACUGAGCUCUUGCUAACUGGUGGCGCUGAUAUGGAAGCAAGGGACGUUGAUGGCUCUGCACCAUUGCAUCACGCAUCCGUCAGAAACCGACUCGGACAUAUGGACGUGUUGAUUAACAGAGGCGCUAAUUUGGAGGCAAAGAAUGAAAAUGGCGAGACAUCAUUGCAUUUGAUUUGUAGAAGCAGUAAGAAUCAUGUUGACAACGGGGUUCAUCUACUGCUUGACCGGGGUGCCAAUAUCGAAGCUAAGAACAAUAGUGGUCGCACACCUAUGCAUGUGGUAACCGGUCUGAGUGCCUCUCCUAUGCUUUUGGAUGAAGGUGCCAGUUUGGAAGCAACGGAUAGAAGAUUCGAUGCAACUCUACAUAGGGCAUGCUCCGGACACAAUAGUAGCCUCGCUCGUCUGCUGCUGAACCAUGGUGCCGACUUGGAAGCAACGGCCAAUUUGGGAUUCCGUCCGUUGCAUUUUGCCGCUGUCAAUGAUUUUCCAAAUGUUGUUCGCCUACUUUUAAAUCGGGGUGCCGUAGUACUCGUAGAUGCCAAGACCUUUGCGGGAAUGACAUUACUCUCCUUGGCAUGCCAAAAGGAAAAAGUGGAGAUAGUUUGGCUGUUGGUGAGGCGAUGUCCUUGGCUUGUCGAUUGGCAAGUGUAA